UGUGUCAACUUGUGUCUUUUGUUGGAAAGCAACCUACAUACACUGUGUUACACAAAACCAGUUUAUUGGUCACACAUUAUCUAAAAUAUCUUGUUAAUAUAUUUACAGAAACGGAGAAUGAUCCUUUGGUAUUAACAUGUGAGGAGCAAUAUAGUGAUAUAAAUAAUGUACCCAUUGUAGUAGAAGGAUAUCCCCAAUCAACGGAAAUCUUGCAAAGUACUAACAUAAAAGGUAAAAUAGAAGAUGCCAUGAAACGACGUGCAAAAAGCCCCCUUGAAAGUAAUGAUGAUCUCAUCGCACCGUUUUUACCAAUGAAAAUAGUAGAAGGCAUAAAAGAAUUUGACACAGUACUGAAAACGUCAGAUGAAGCAGUGACACAAUUUAAACAGUUUCUAUCGAAAAGUGGUGGUAAUAAUGGCAAGGAUAACAUACAUAGAUGUUUAAAAAAAAUACUAACAAAUGAGUGCGCCAUGAAAUGUUCGUGGAAAGGAUUGCGGAAUAAUUUUAGAAUGUCCAAUUUAUAUUUCAUAAGAAUUAUGAAAGGAGAGAUAAUAUUACGCUAUAGUAUUUUUACAGAAUGUGAAUUUGAUAGUGCAAUAGCGGAAUGGUUACGCUUUGCAAGUCAAAGAAACAAGAGAGAAAAUCAAGCCAAAGAUGAUUAAAAUAUAAUGCACAAUUCGUUAAAUUAAGAUCACAUUAUGAGCUGUGAUAAUACAUUAUAAGAUGUGAUAAUACCCAACGAUUUUUGUAAUUAUUA